AGUGGCGUUGGCUUGUGUCUUUCCUGUCAUCAAUGUGCUUCCCUGUGAUGUGUGUCCUUCCAGAAUGACACCGAGGAGAGGAUGACGUCUGAGAAUACCUGCACGAUCAACGAGAGGACUGAGUCUCUGAACCGCUCUCUGCAGAAAAGUAACAGCAUCAAGAAGACCCAGCCUCCCAUCCCCAUCUCCAAGAUCGACAACAGGCUGGAACAGUACACUCAUGCCAUAGAGACGUCCUCUAUGGAAGCCAAGGCAGCCAGGCAGCAGGCUCUGACGGACCUGCCCAGCCCCACUGAGCCUGUGGCCUCCAAGAAGAAUCUGUUUGAGGCCGGGGAAGCUUGGAGCCAGCCGCCCAGGGAAACACUAUCCAAGGAUACAGAGGGUCUGAAUGUAGGCGUGGCCGACCUCAUCCACCAAUGGGUGAAAGGGAACCCAGACGGAAGCUGCAAAAGCCCCUCCAAGCCAGCAGAGGUGAAGGCCGGGGAUGUUCUGAGCAAGAAGAACCUCUGGGAGAAUCUAGGAGACUCUUCCCCGUCUGGGAGAGCUGGGAAGGGAGCUUCCUCUGGUAAAAAGUACAAAUUUGUGAUGAUGGCUCACGGCAAGUAUGAGAAGGUUGCCGUCGGUGAUGAUGAUUACCACGAGCACACAAACGGGAAAUCAACUGGACAAUGCCUUGAGGAAUUGUGAAGAACAGACGUUGGACUGUGAUUAUUUCGACGAUCACUUCACAUCAUAUUUAUCAUUCAUUUCAUUUAGCCGACAUUUUCCUCUUAAAAACUACGUUUAGAUCAACAUGUCUGAAGCAUAUGCAGUAUGUUAUGUGUACCAGUUGAUUUUCUCUAUAGCAACACACUGCCAACCUGGUAUAAAAUGAUUCACAAACGGUCAAAAAUAUACAAUUAUGCAAAAAUAUUCAUGUUUGUACUUGUUUAUUUUGGACAAUCUUAUCCAUGAUGUAUUUUAGUGAAUAAUGUGUUUUCAUUUACUAUUUGUUAACUUUAAUUAAAAAAUAAAAAUAAAGUAAAUGAAUGAGGUAAA